AUGGAAGUGGGCCUGCUUAAGAUCCUGCUAACAAUCUGUUUUGGGCGCACAAUUCAGGCGGCGCUCGUAUGGAACACAGGCGGAACAAUUGGAAUUUUUGCAGCUAUUGCCAUACCACUUGAUCUGCCCGAUAAGCAUGUGUUUGUUUCAAAUUAUUUUGAGGCCACGUACACGCUGCCCAAAACUUGGCAUGAAGAGCCACCAAUUUUUCGUCGUGAUAAUGAUACGGACUUGGAUGCAAGUGGUGAUCCACUGGCUGAUUUUGGGGACUACUAUGACGACUAUGACGAAGGGCCGCACCACAAACCCUCAAAGUUAAAGCCGCCCAAGCGUAAACACAAAACCAAGAAAAAGCCGAAGCCCACCCCAACGCCGUCAUCUGAUGACUACAAGGAUUUCUUUGAGGGCUAUCCGCAGGAUCGGGCAGGGCGGGAGCGGAACGAGGCUUUGGCCAGACAUCGCCAGGAGCAUACGCUGCUCUCACGCACCAAGUUCUAUAAGAUACUUGGCCAGAGAUUCGAAGAACAUGGCCUGGGCAGCGGCGACGGCUGCCUGCUGCGGCUCAUCUGUGAGGCGAACAGUGCGCAGCUGGGCGAGCUCAAUGGCGUACUGGGUAGCCUCAUGCAUGUGAUGUUCAGUCCCAGCAGCUCCCAGUACGAGGCGCUGCCCCAGCGCUACUAUAACGCGGAGCGCAAUGGACAGCAGGACAAUUGUCGAGGGUAUUCCGCGAAAUGUGAACGCAGCGUGCUGGACUUGAUAUCGCGUCCAUUGAUCGACUAUAUAGUAGGCAAUAAAUCGGCUUCGCUCUAA